UAGUCGUGGAAAGAAUGGCUUAACAUUGAAGUAGCUGGUGACACAUUCCUUCGGAGACACACUGAGUUGUACGUGUGUCAUAUAAACGCGCGCGCGCGUCUGUGUGUGUAUGUGUGUGUGUGUUUAUGUUGUUACCAGAGAAAAUGGUAAAACUACAGCCCUUGGAAUUCAUUGACUGUUUGAUUGACAGUCCAGAUUUUCGUGAAAAUCUAAACAAGCAUGAGAAAGAGUUAGAAAAAACGAGUCAACAGAUAAAACGCAUAAUCAAGGAAAUCAAAGAUUUGCUGGCUGCAGCGAAAAGUCUUUCACGAGCGCAGCGAACUUUGUCUAAAAGCUUAAAAGAAUUCAAUUUUGAAUGCAUAGGCUCCACACAGACUGAUGAUGAACAGGUUAUAGCGGAUAGUUUGAAACAAUUUAGCAAACUCAUCUCAUCGAUUGAGGAGGAACGCGAUAAUAUGCUUGAUCGUGCUCAUGAGCAGAUUUUGUUGCCCUUGGAAGAGUUUCGGAAGGUUCAUAUUGGUGGUGUAAAAGAAAACAAAAAGAAAUAUGAUAAGAAAACAGCAAAAUUCUGCCAAGCGCAGGAAAGGUUCCUUAAUAUGUCUUCUAAAAAAUCUUCUCCAGCAGUAAUUGAGGCAGAUGCAUCUUUAGGAAUGCUUGAAAGGGAAUACCUCAGAGAAUCUUUGAGCUACGUUUUGAGUAUACAAGAAGUUCAGGAGCGGAUAAAAUUUGAGUUUGUGGAAAUUAUAUUGAGAUUCAUCUCUGAUUGGCUAGUUUUUUAUCAUCUCGGACAUGAAGUUGCUGAGGAUGCUAAGGACUACUUAUCAGAUUUGCAACUAAAAGUCCAGAAAACUCGCGAAAAUUUUGACGAAACUCGACAAAAAGCCCAGGAAUUAAAAAAUAAAUACAUGGACAGUAAACUCAAACCAGAAAGUGAAUAUACAAAGCAAGGAUAUCUAUAUUUAAUGGAAAAAAAAUUUACUGUCGUAACAUGGUCGAAAUUUUACUGCACAUACAAGAAACAAACCAGGGAGUUUUCCAUGUUACAGUACAAUCAGAUGUCUGGACGCACACAACAAACAAAUCCUGAAACUUUCACACUUGCAUCGUGCACAAAAAAAAUAACAGAAUUUGAAAAACGGUACUGCUUUGAUGUCAUUUUUAAUGAACGGACUUCAACUACAUACACAUUCCAAGCACUUAGUGAAGACGAUAUUAAAGCUUGGAUAGACGCAAUGGAUGGCAAAGAAUCAGCAAAUUUAACCUUAUUGACAAAAUAUAGUGAAGAUAGUACCCUGGACGACGUUGGGUUUGCCUUUAUUAAAAGAUGCAUUGAUCUACUGGAAAGCCGAGGACUGGAAGAGGAGGGUUUAUAUAGGAUUGGCGGUGUUAGUACAAAGGUAACAAAGUUGUUGCAAAUGGGUCUAGACCGUAAAAAGACUGAGAAAGAUCGUCUUAGCUUUUUCAACGAUGAACAAAUGGGUUAUAGUGAUAUUUUGGAAAGCAAAACCAUAGCAAGUGCUCUAAAACAGUACCUUCGAAAUUUAAGUGAACCACUUAUGACGUUUCGUUUGCAUCAUGCCUUUAUAUCAGCAGCUAAACAAGACACUCGUUUGCAGCGCAUCAACGAAGUCCAUCAGUUGGUAUAUAAACUACCAAAAAACCGGUUGGAAAUGCUGGACAUGGUUAUUGGACAUUUGAAAACGGUUUCGUUGAAGAGCGAUCGAAAUAAAAUGUCAGUGUUUAAUUUAGGAGUCGUGUUUGGUCCCACCCUGUUACGAGCAGCUGAAGAAACCGUUGCUGCUAUACUUGAUAUAAAAUUUAACAACGUCAUUAUUGAGAUUUUGAUUGAAAAUUAUGACAACAUUUUUAAGAAUAUACCUUCCACAUUAACCGGCAUCGUCGCUGGAGACACGUAUUUGUCGCAAUCCAAUAAAAGUCCACUUUUUCACCGUCCAGACAGUAGAGGUAGCGGUGUUGUUGAAAAUAAAGCAGGUGGUUCGGGAACUGCUGGAGGAAACCAUAACUAUUCGAAGGAACGUACACCGCACGCCAUCCACACCCAAACGCAGCCUGUGGUUCGUGUAGUUGCUAAAUCAAAUUACACCGAGCCUAUUAUGUCCUCAAGUUUACAACACAUACCUAACGGUAUACAGUCACUAUACAGCAAAGGCACCAAUCAUUAUCCGACCUAUGAAGCUAAACCGACUAUUAUAUCGUCAAUUAUCGGUGAAUCCACGACACCUUCGCUAGUUCACAGAGACCAGAACAUGCCACCUCAUUUGAAAGCUAGUACCGAUUCCUCUCCGAGUCACUAUCACGGGACACACCAUACGUUAGACAAAGUCCCUAUUGGAGGAUAUCACAGUAUGUCGGCAGGUAGUUCUAGCGGUGGGUAUCUUCAACAGUCUACUCCAUCGUAUUCACAAAACUCUUCCGUAUGUGGGAUUAAUAAUAUGGUAAACAGUGAGACGGCUAUAUCGCAUGGAGUGUACAAUCGUAUGACCACUUUAGGCAGCAGCGAUUCGAAUCUAACGAGUUCUCGCAAAGAGUUAUCAAUGUAUGAUAAAAUCAACUCCACAAGCAGUUCGGCUGAAUCGGUAUGUUCUUCACCAGGAGGUGCUGUUACCGGUAGCGGUUUGUCUACUUUAAGGAGCCAUCGCGGAGCCUGGAACGAAUAUAACAAUGCUGCGAUUGGCAAUAAGAAUAUUGCAAAGUAUGAUAGUGCUGGAGCUAAUAACAAUAGUCGCACAGUCAUUUCACCGUUAACAACUGUGGUAAACGUUGAAGAGUCUGACAAUUCAGCUAGUCCUAGUUAUUGUAGGCCAAAGAAAACUCAGCGUAUUAAAGACUAUGGCCGAAAUCGUCAGUUACCGCAAGUUCAGCAACAGAUAUCGUUAGCUCAACAGCAAUAUUUACAACAUAAACAAGGAAAACAAUCACUCACUUCACGAGAGGAUAUACGUGUUCGUACAUUAUAUGCCUGUUUGGCAGAAAAUGAUGGAGAGCUAUCUUUCGAACCGAACCAAAUAAUAACUAAUGUUCGUCGAUCAAAUGAACCAGGAUGGUUGGAAGGGACACUCAAUGGGAAGUCUGGAUUGAUACCAGAGAAUUAUGUAGAAAUUUUAAAAUAAUUUAUCUUAUUUACUCUCACACCUUA